AUGCGUUCCUCAUCAUUGGCUUGGGCCCUAGGGCUUGUUGCGUUGGCCAACGCGCAAGGCUCUCCCACUCAGUGGUACGACUCGAUCACUGGUGUCACCUUCUCCAGAUUCUACCAGCAGGAUACCGAUGCCAGCUGGGGUUACAUCUUCCCUUCUGCAAGCGGCGGACAGGCCCCCGAUGAGUUCAUCGGUCUCUUCCAAGGCCCCGCCAGCGCAGGAUGGAUUGGGAACAGUCUUGGUGGUUCUAUGAGAAACAACCCCCUUCUCGUGGGCUGGGUGGAUGGCAGCACACCAAGGAUUUCUGCUCGAUGGGCGACUGACUACGCACCACCUAGCAUCUACUCUGGACCCCGUCUUACCAUCCUCGGGUCUUCUGGCACUAAUGGCAACAUCCAGCGUAUUGUCUACCGUUGCCAGAACUGCACAAGGUGGACUGGUGGAGCUGGUGGCAUUCCCACAACUGGUUCAGCCGUGUUUGGCUGGGCUUUCCACAGCACCACCAAGCCAUUGACUCCUUCCGACCCAUCCUCUGGCUUGUACAGACACUCUCACGCCGCUCAAUACGGAUUUGACAUUGGCAAUGCCCGCACCACCUUGUACGACUACUACCUUCAGCAACUCACGAACGCCCCUCCGCUCUCUGGAGGUGCCCCGACCCAGCCACCGACUCAGCAACCUCCCACCACGACCGCCCCCCCUCCCCCGCCUCCGAGCUCCACCUUCGUCUCUUGCCCUGGUGCUCCCCAGCCUAGGUACCAGAUGAACGUUGCCAACGGUUUCCGUGUCGCCCCUGUGCUUGGUGGCUUGACCAUGCCUCGUGGCAUCACCCUUGAUACUCGAGGAAACCUCCUUGUUGUUGAGCGAGGACGUGGUUUGACGGGACACACUCUGGAUGCCAAUGGUUGUGUAACCAGCAGCAAGGUCGUCAUCCAGGACACCCAAAUCAACCACGGCAUCGAUGUCCAUCCUUCCGGCAGAAGGAUCAUCGCCAGUUCUGGUGACAUUGCCUGGUCUUGGGACUACGACCCAGCCACCAUGACUGCUACCAACCGAAGGACGCUCGUCACUGGAAUGAACAAUUUCUACCACUUCACUCGAACUGUUCACAUCUCUCGCAAAUACCCCAACCUCUUCGCCCUGAACGUUGGAUCCGACGGAAACAUUGACGUGCCAACUCGUCAACAGAACUCUGGUCGUGCCCAGAUCCGAGUCUUCGACUAUGAUCAACUCCCUCAGAAUGGUGUCCCCUUCGUCAGCCAGUAUGGUCGUGUCCUCGGAUACGGUCUCCGCAACGACGUCGGCAUCACUGAAGACCGUGCCGGCAACAUCCACAGCAUUGAAAACUCGCUGGAUAACGCCUACCGAAUGGUCAAUGGACAACGUCGCGACAUUCACACCAACAACCCCGCUGAGAAGGUCUACAACCUGGGAGACCCUUCUAACCCCAGGGCCAUCUUCGGGGGCUACCCUGACUGCUACACUGUUUGGGAACCAAGCGAUUUCACCGAUUCGCCCAAGCAGCCUGGCGAUUGGUUCACUCAGGAUAACAGCGGUCAAUACACCGACGCUUGGUGCAACGCCAACGCUGUCAAGCCUACCUUGCUCCUUCCUCCCCACACUGCUCCUCUCGACAUGAAGUUCGGUCUCGGAAACGACACCAACUUGUACGUCGCCCUUCACGGAAGCUGGAACCGACAGCCGCCCCAGGGUUACAAGGUCGUCGUUGUUCCUGGACAAUACUCUGCUUCAGGAGAGUGGUCGCCAACAGCUCCCCUCGCUCAGAGCAGGACUGCUUGGUCUGACCUUUUGACCAACCGAAACGAGAACCAGUGCUCAGGCUUCGGAAAUGCAAACUGCUUCCGACCUGUUGGAUUGGUCUGGAGCGCUGACGGCCAGAACCUCUAUGUCUCCAGUGACACCUCCGGCGAAGUCUUCAUCAUCAAGCGCAUGUCCGGCCCUAUUGUUCAGCCUCCCAUCACCCAGCCCCCCAUCACCACCAGCCCACCUACUCCCACCACCCCGCCGGUCGUUCAGCCACCCACGACCGUCGCCCCUCCUCAAGCCAGCCAGACCCUCUGGGGACAAUGCGGUGGCCAAGGAUGGACCGGACCCACUCUUUGCCCAGCGAACUCCGUUUGCAGAGAGUCCAACCAAUGGUACUCUCAGUGUGUUCCUGCAUAA